CAGUAGACAGUCCUUGAGCAGUUAGCUGUGUGCGUAAACUAUAGGACUCCAGCGCUUUAUGCUGCCUGGUGGGAGUACCAGGGUCACUCAUGCAUAACAAGAAGCUGCUACUCUCUCAAUACAGUCUUGGCUUGUGUCCUUUGAGCCGACAUGGAGAUAGGGGGCUUUACCAACUGAAUAGCAGCGUGGCUCCCAGAUUUGAUCCUGAUGAAAUAGCUUGACAAGGCAGUUUGUUUCUUUGUGAAUAGUGUCACUAGGCUUUUGUGUGAACCCUUUGAGCUCAAGAAAGCUCUUUACUGGUCGCUCGUUAUCCCAAGCUUAGCCCCACAGCCCAGGGAAGGUUGCAGCACAAAGAACCUGGAGGACCAUCACAUACUUCUGCUCAAAUAUAGACAAACAGCAGCAACCCCCAUGUUGCAACACCUACAUCUUCUCUGUGCUCUCAUUCGAUGAAUUUAUCUCAAGUGAAGCACCACCAAGUGUCACGAUUACUUCUGAAAAUGGCCAGUGUUUGACUGUAUGGUUUGUGGCACUAACAGUCUGAUGUCAUCUUUACCGUUCCCUGCAAAUCAACUCAUCAAAGAUGGAUUAAAACCAGAGACUUGUUUGGUCAACUUGGAAACCACAAGCUGUGUGUGGGUGGAUCGGUAGGAGGAUUAUUUCUUGAUUGUGUUUCAUCUCAGCCCAUCAGCACACUCUGCUCCAAAACAUAAUGAUGUGAUCAACAUUUGUUCCAAUUUUCACUAAAAGCAGAUCUUCUACUUCACUAGUGAUACUAACAAGGAAAGGAAUAUCAUCAGUAUUCUUUGGACGUCUCUUGAAACAUGUCUCCAAACUUAAAAGCGGACUCUCUGAAGGACUGACCUUCGCAUAUUCGGUUUAUUUAGCUAUUACUUUCAAUUAUGUUUCGAGCCAUAGUGAGAUCAGCUUAUCGAGUGAUUCGUCCUUUUGUUCGACGAAUAUUGGGUUCGGAGUCGGACUAUGUUGACCUCGACAUGCAGGACAUUCUGUCUGAGCUGUACCAGCCUUUUGACAUGGUGGCACCCUAUCUCCUGUCCCAGGUCUGCCGGGUCAUGGACCGGCACUAUGAUGGGGACGGGAUACGAUUUCUCCAGGAGUUCCUCCUGCCCACCAGAGCCGUACUGCUGCAGUUGAAGGAGGAUAGCUGGCUACAACUCAAACAUAAGCCCAGGGAUGAUGGUUGGCCUCUUUGUUACCACGGCAAUGUCGUAGUUCAUCUUUGCGAGGUGGAGCGAGAGUACCUUCGCCAGGGGGACUACUACUUGUACAUCAAGCCCAACUCACCCCCCUCCCCUGCCAACAACAACAACACCAACUCAGUCACACUGACCCUGCAGUACCUGAACACAGACGGCCAGCUGCGAGAGAUCCCUGUGCCCACCUCCACCUUCCGGGAGGUCUUCACCAGGCACUGGCUGCGGGAUGCCAGUCGCGACGUGGUGCCCUCGGCUUCCUCCAGUGCAAUGGACCUGAGCCCCUCCUCCUCAGACGGAGGUGCCUGUAGUGGCUCACCACCUCCCAGAACCCUGAGCAGCUGCCUUAUAGCAGGAGAGCUGGGACUGCAGAGGGAGGAGUGGAGGGACAUUGUCCAGCCUCCAGUCAUGGAGAGGAGGCUGUCUGGUCGCAGGUCAAAGACUCAAAGGUCACGGGUAGGAAGUAGUGGUAGUGGCAGUAGCAAUGGUGGAAUGGGUCAACAUGGAGGUGCAGGAAAGAGAAGGCAAAUGAAACCAAUGGGGAUGAGAGAAAUGCGUAAAUCGGGCUCUGGGCUGGGUAGUAGCGGUUCUGAUGACAGCAGUAGACAAGGCAACAGCAAGGAUGGUCAGCUCCUACUGGCCCAGUAUAUACUGGAGGUGAACUUUGAAUUAUUGCACUCACAAGCUGUCAUUCUUACAGGGGCGAGAGACAGCAGAGGAGGGGCCGUCUUGGAGGUACAGGGGGACAGUCCCAUCUGGACAGAGGCACAGUACAGUCUCCAUGACAUCAGCAAGGUCAUUGGCUACCUGUUUGGCAUACCCAGAGAGGAGGUUCGUACCAAAGGCCUGACUGUUGCCGUUGAUGCCCGAUCUUCACCAAAGUCUGCUGUUGAGAUAAUUGCAGAGUCACUCCAAGUACUUGAGGAAAGCUAUCCAGGUGCUAUCCACCAGACAACAGUUCUAAUUGAUUCAGACUCUGUCUUGAGUCGCUUCAUCACCAGCCACUCAAAGCCAAAAGUGAACUAUAAGUGUGAAGUUGUUCAUUCAGUUGACAAGCUUCAUCAGUUUGUUGCAGCCAGUCUCCUAACCAAGAGAUUCAGCGGCAGUUUUCCAUACGACCAUGACAGCUGGGUCAGGUUCAGAAUGAAACUGGAGCCCUUUAUCUCUGGAUGCCAGAGUGCUGCCAAGUUCCUCCUUGCCUCCAUGGAAGACUUUACCAUGACCGGUACCCCUCAGAGUGCUGUUGAGAUCAGCGAAGCCAUAGAGACAGUCCGACAUAAACACGAGGAUGUAUACCAGGACGCUCGGCUGGCGGGAUUACACAGGGAGGGGGACGGGAUACUUGCAACUCUCCAGAACCAAGAGGGACCCUUGGCUCUGACGGAGGACUUCCAGGAUGCCAUGAUAUGUGUUAGCACCCUCUUUGAUCAGGUACACCAGGCCUGCACUCAGCUCGACGAGCUGGCAGACCGCCGGCUUAGCCUGCUGAACCAGAGACUACAGCUGGCUGUGUUUGAAGAGCAAACAGCAGAUGUUACGGAAUGGAUGAGCAAAGAGGGAGACUUCCACCUGGGUCAGAUGAAGGAGGAGAAGGCUGAAUCCUUGGGAAGCAUCCAUUCCAUCCAGAAGGACUUUGAAAAGUUCUACUUUACUGCCAUGAAACAUAUCGGGAGGGGGGAGGACCUUCUUGAAGAUGCCCAGGGCUUGGCUGAGGCUUGUGAGAUGGAGCAAGCCGGCAUCCGGGAGAUUGCCCGCACUCUACGACACCAGCUUAAGCUGUUCACUGACCGGCUGGAGGACAAGAGGAGGUACAUUGAGGAUGCGGCAAGACUCUACACCAUGCUGGAUAAGGCAUAUGAAUGGGCUCUUGAUGGAAUGAAAUUUGUAGCAGUGCUCGGCCAUGAGAAGAGUAAUACUAGAGAGCAAUGCCGCAUUCAGCUAUGCACCCUUGAGAAGUACCUGCGUGACAACCCACCCACUGCCCAGGACGAUUUUGUGGAGAUGUGCAAACUGUCCAAGCAACUAGGCAAGGAGCAGUGCAUCCAGCAGUGCGACUUUGCCAAGCGGCGGUGCCAGGAGACCCACGGCAUGAUGCAGGAUAAGAUGGACAAGCUGCAUGGCAUGCUGCGCAGCCCCCGGUCCAGUUCCAAGCUCGGCUUGGAGUGGGGAGACCGGAACCGGACAGAGAGAGAUGAGACGGUGUAUGAGAGGAGCUCCUCUGUUACAUUUGAUGCAGCAGGGAGUCUCACACCGCAGAAGGGCACUCAGGGUGGGGGACAGGACUCAGAGGGGCCAUUCAGUAAGGCAGAGCUGCUGCGUAAGGGGAGUCGGUCUGCCCCACCCAAGCAGCAUAGAGACUCCCUGCACAGUAAUGGCUCGGUGGACUCGGGGAUAUCUGUUGGGGAUAAGAUCCUUGACAGAGGAGCUCUACCGAUAUCACCAACAUCCAUGGAUUCGCCCAACGAGUUCUCUGUUAGGCAACGCAAGAUGGCUGCUCUAAUCAAGCCCAUCAGUGAAAUUGUGGACACUGGGAAAAGGACGAGCAGUCUGGAGAAGCUGGAUGAGGGCUACGAGGAGGCAGAAACAAAUGUCGUGAGACGGCCCACCCAGUCAGUCACUCACCCAGUUGUGGAACCCAAGAGAAGCUACUCGAUGAUGCUGUCUAGAAAGUCUGAAGAUGUGGAGGAUUCUUCUGAAGAGAAACAGGAUAGGGUGUGUCGCAAGGCCAACAUGGAGGAUGAGUUUCAGCUCUCAGAUGAGGAAACUCCAGAUGGGACGGAAACCCACUGGUCACCGAAGGAUGCCAACCGUCACAUCAGGAAGUCGGUGUCCCAGGUUCCUGGUACCCCACUCAAGCUGGAGGAGCUGACAUCCAAUGCUGGCCUGUUGGGCAACAAGGAACAUCCCAACUACCGGCGGAUGGUACUGAUCCUGGAUGAGAUGAUCCAGACGGAACAGGACUAUGUGCUGGCCCUCAAGUACAUCAUAGAGAAUUAUUUUCCAGAGAUGGACCGGGAUGACAUUCCCCAAGGUCUGCGAGGGCAGCGCAGUGCCGUCUUCGGCAAUCUAGAGAAGAUCUAUGAGUUCCAUGAUCGACAUUUCCUGAAGGCACUCAGCCAGUGCCAGAGCGACCCACUGCAAGUCUGCCACUGCUUCUUGCAACAUAAAAAAGGUUUUGGACUGUACGCUUUGUACAACAAGAACAAGCCUCGAUCUGACAGCUUAUUGGCCGACUACGGUGGAUUCUUCAGGACCAAGCAGCGUAAGAUACGGGACCGCAUGGAUUUGGCCAGCUACCUUUUGAAGCCUGUCCAGCGACUCGGCAAAUAUGCCCUACUGCUUCGUGAUCUCAUCAGGGAAUGCCGGCCCUCCGAUCAGGAGCUGGCUUCACUCAAGUCUGCUGAAGAGAUGGUACAAUUUCAGAUGAGGCAUGGCAACGACCUCCUCGCUAUGGAUUCUAUCAAAGAUUGUGAUGUCGAUCUUCAUGAACAGGGCGAAUUACUAAGACAGGAUGAAUUCUUGGUAUAUCGUGGCCACCGUAAGUGUGUUCGGCAUGUCUUCCUCUUUGAAGACAUGAUUCUCUUCAGCAAGACACGCCGUACUGCCAGAGGGCAUGAUGUGUAUCACUACAAGUUCAGCCUCAAGAUGACAGAUAUAGGCAUGACAGAGAACAUUGGCGAGAGUGGCCUGAAACUGGAGAUAUGGUUCCGCCGACGUAAGACCACCGACAAGGCGUAUAUACUUCACGCACGCUCCAACAGCAUCAAGCAGGCAUGGACCCAGGACAUCAGCAAGUUACUGUGGAGGCAAGCCUUCAGGAGUAAAGAGGCAAGACAGGCUCAGCUGUCAUCCAUGGGUGUUGGCAGUAAACCCUGCCUGGAUAUCAAGCCCAACGAGGAUAGAAUCAAUGACAGGGCCAUCAACAUGAGACACAGAGCCCCAAGGAUGAGAAACUCUAUUGCCAUCUCCUCCUUCAGUCCCAGCCAACUCCUCAACCCCUACACCUUCUCCAGCCUCUCCCUGACCAGCACCAGCCUGUCCACCAGCCCCGCCCGAACGCGUCGUUCAAUUGCAACCUCAUCAUCAGCAAUCAUAGGAGCAUCAGGAACAACAAAGGCCCCACAUGCUGUGCUGAGCAGGCCUCUGAUCAGCAAUGAGCUCUUGGAGGAAUGCAUCGCUGAGACAGAGCCUGGCGCGCCGGUGCAGAACUUGGAGGACACCCUCUCCAGGCAAAGCUCAGAUAGCGGAAGCGUGUUCACUCCGGAGGAGGCGUCAGGCAGCAUGGAGGGGGAGGAGCAAUGUGUGAAGACUCCAGAGAGGCCCGUAGAUUGUACACGUAGCUUCACUGGAGAAAAGCAGUAUCAGAGCAUCAUUGAAGUACCCGAGUUUGAUGAGGGUUUGAGAAUCCGAAGAGUUUCUAACUCACGGCGAGAUUCCAACUCCAGCAACAAGGAAAGCUUUUAAGGAGGAUAUUAAGCAGAACCAUAUUGCAGGAAAAAUGUUUCCAAUUUGGCCCAGUUAAUGCACGGCUUGCUCAGCAUAGUCUGUGGAGAUGGUAAUCUCUGGGAGAGAUGUGUGCCAUUCUUAUCUGCUCACACCCCCCCCCUGUCUGCUCUAGUACAGGAUUCCCCAGGGAUAUGAACUUUAAACAAAUCUCCCCCUGGAUGGGAGUGGUGCAUUAUAAGAGACAGUGACCCUUAGUAUCUAUCUUACAAAUAGAGUUGUUUCAUGCCGGGUGAGCAAACUGCGGGGGGGGGGGAUUCUGAAGGGAAGGAGAAACACUGAUAUGUGACCUGAUGUGAGGCUCCCCUGCGCUAAUGCUCACUGCCAACUUACAUGUGUUCCUGCCGUGGUGUGUCAGCGCUUUCUUGUUCCUUGUGUCUCUGUUAAUUAGGCGGUCUGCAAUGCAUUGUCUGCGGGGAAUUUGGUCCAGCGCAGCGACAGCUGUGAUGCGCUGUGUGUCAUAAGUCAGAGAGGGGCUGGCGUUAACUGAUUUGGUGGUGUGUAAGUGCAGGCCGGGGUCGAUGUUAGGGCGCUCUGCACAUUGAGCCAUGCAGCUAAAAUCAGGUUUUCUGGAUCUUGGUUAGCAGCCAACCUUUGGUGGCACACCUGCAGACAGAUUCUCUGAUUAAUCUGAUUCAUAGUACAGAGCAACUGUGCAUCAGAGCAGUUGGUCAGCGUGUAGCAUAUAGUGAAGCUUAACCUGUUUUAGCAGACUAAUGGGUUAAUAUCAUAAUGUGUCAUAACACAGAGAAACACACAGUCAUGCAGUCAUGUAGUUAACAAAGUCUUGAAGAAAACAUUGAUUUAUUGUGCAACACUGUCUGGUCGAGCUUUGUUGACAGUUUCCCUGACCCAACCUCUUCACUUUGGUAUGCAUAACCACAACCCAAACCAACCCUAACCCAAAAAUGCUUCGAAAACUGUUUUUCAGAGAGGGUAUGUGGUUUAGUCUGGACAGGGUUCUAACAUGACCUGCAUUAACUAGACCUGUUUUGUUCUGAGGUCUCCAUAGGAAAGCCAAGGUUAGCACACACACCCAAGUG